AUAUUUAUCUUUGAGUAAUUGAAUAACUCUGAGUUGACUAAUAUUUCCUCAAAGUAGCGAGGGUAAUGCGGUUUUGGGAGGUUGCCUGGUUGGUAAUUAUUUAUCCAUCUUUCAAGGCAAAAAAGAAAAAGUCGAGUAUACAGGGCAUGGAGUUUAGUGAGUGGUGUGAUUCUAUGGAAGUUUCACUUAGUUCUGUCUACUGUGAUGGUUAUAUUCAAUCACAUAGCAUUUCAAUUAUUCCAGAAGUACUUAAAAAAUCAAAUGAAGAUGCUUACGCACCAAGGGUAGUCUCAAUCGGCCCCAGAUUCAAGGGAAGUAGAGAACACUUACUUCUCAUGGAAGAUAUCAAAAUACAGUGCAUGACGCGUCUUUUUCAUAGGGAACAACACCAUAUGUCCCCUCAUGAAAAGUUGAGUGCUUGCUGCCAAAUAAUUUGGAAUUUAAACAAUCAGAUUCGAACAAGUUACGUUGCUGAUAUUAACCUAGAACAACACGAACUCGCUAAAAUCAUGUUAGUAGAUGCUUGUUUUUUGUUAGAGCUUCUCAUAUCAAAAGAGUUAGAUCAUGAACUACCAUGCCAAUUGAAAUCUCCUUCUCCUGGACCUCAACUCCUGAGAGACGAAGAUGUCUUGUCGGAUCUUACUCUGUUCGAAAACCAGAUCCCGGUUUUCGUCCUCCACGAGCUUUCUCGAAAGCUUUUCCGCAAGUUUUUUGAAUUGGAUCUCAAGGAGAGGGUGACCGUGAUUAAUAAUCUUGCCUUGUCUGUUUUAGGAUACUCUCAGCUUCAGGUUCAGAGCAUUGAAUCCCCUCACAUUCUAGAUGUUGUUCAUUUUUUCGCCAACGGUGGGAGGCAGAGUAAGACAGAGACUCACAGUAACCAGGAGCAUCACGUCGAGGACAUUAUCGAUACUCAGCAGCAACAUGUCCUAAAUCAUAAACUGAAGCGCUGUGCUUUUAGACUCCUAAUUUCAGGAGUUACCAUAAAAGCACUUUCCGAUGAUAAAGAUAAACAGCUUGAGCUUUCUUGUUUCAAUUUGACGUGGAAAACUUUAUGUGAUAUGUUUUUUAGGCUUGUCAAUGUCCUUGUAAACUCUAAGCACUUGGAUUUGGAUCAUAUUCCUGAAGAGGUAGAACUGAAAGGUUUAGAUUUUCACUUUAAGUUUGAAAAAGGGAAACUUGAAAUUGAACAACUACAUGUCACAAAAACAACAAAAUCUAAGUGGUGCAAUCUUAUUGCUUGGGAACAUCAUAAAAAGAUUAAAGAUUUUUCCCGUUUUGCCCCAAGCUACGACAACAUGGAUGAGAGCAGAACCACAAUUUUUUCCGGCGGCGGGAAAUUCACUAGGGCUGCUUUGAUUUUCAACGGUCUGAUCUGUUGUGCAGAUGAUGUUCAACUUCUUAAGGACAAGAAAAUCGUUGUGGAUCAUUUGAAGAUGAGCAACCAAGAGUUGAUGGACUUUUUUCGAACAAUUGAAUUUGGAGUUGAUCAUAAGGUAGUUGAGUCAAGUAACUAUAUUCAAAUGGUUGAUGACAUGAACAAUUACUCUGAAGCAUUUUUUAUUAAGAGAAUCUGGAAAAUAUUGUGGAAUUCAAUCAUUUAUCAUCGUCACGAUUGGCUUUUAAGAUUUAUGAACCGAAAUUACAACUUCGUUGCCACGGUGCUCUGUGUUCUCACUCUAGUACAGACUGUUUUUGCAAUCUUAACUUAUUAUUUUCCUAAACAAUAAUUUAUCUCCAUUGCUUGAAGAGGACCCAUUUUGAUUUUCAGCUAUUUGCGUUUCAUUAGUGUUGAGUGUAAUCCAAAUUAUCACAGUACUAGAUUGUUAUGCCAAGAGGAGUUAGUUGUCUCUGUUUUUAGUUUGUUAUGAGUAGUUACUUGCUGAAAAAGUAAUACAUGGAUUGUAUAUAAACAACUAUCAAAUGCAAUACAAUUCAAUUCUUCUCUUUCA